CUGAUAUUUUCUCUCCGUGCGGACAACUUCUGCUCCACUCCACUCGUCCACUGACUCCUACUACCAGCUUCCCACUCCCACUCCCGCAGCGGGUGAUCCAUGGCCACGGCUUUCCGCCUCCCGCCUCUCCUCUCCUCGCGCGCCGCCCCUACCACCGCCGCCCGCGCUACCACCUGGAGGAAUCGGACAGGAUCGUUCACUCACAGGGUCGCCGCGCAGCCUGACGACACUACCGCCACCACCUCCACCAGCACCACGCCGGCGCCGCCUACCGGGUUCACGCCUCCGGUUCCCAAGCGGUUCGAGGUCAAGCCCGGCCAGUCAAACAACAUCGCCGGCGCCGCUCUCGCCUUGCCCUUCCGCCUCGGCACCGGCGUCUUCGUCCUAGGAUAUGGAGUGACACUUCUUGACGCUAACGAGAUAUCACCAGAUCAGUAUGCUUUGGAUUUCCAAGGUCGGAAGGUGAAAGAAACGUCGAAGGUGGGGCAGUGCCCUCGACCUGCUAAGCCUAUUGAAAUAUACGAGUUUGAAGGAUGCCCAUUUUGUCGAAAGGUCAGAGAGAUGGUAUCCGUCCUGGACCUUGAUGUGUUAUAUUACCCUUGUCCUAAAGGCGGCCCAACCUUCCGUCCAAAGGUUCUAGAGAUGGGCGGGAAGAAACAGUUUCCUUACAUGGUGGAUCCAAACACAGGAGUCGCUAUGUAUGAAUCAGAUGACAUCAUAAAUUACCUGGCAAAAACUUACGGUGAUGGAAGCGUUCCGACUAUGCUAAAACUUGGUCUAUUGACAACAAUAACGGCAGGGCUUGCAUUGAGUGGGCGUAGCGGGAAGGGAUCUUCCUACAGUCCUGCAAAGCUUCCAUCCCAGCCAAUAGAGAUAUGGGCAUACGAGGGAUCUCCUUUUUGUAAAAUAGCCCGUGAGACCCUUGUCGAAUUGGAGUUGCCACACUUGCUACACAGAUGGGUGAAGCGAAGCACAACCCUUUCGUGCCGCCGAAUGCGUCCAUACUGCCGACGCCAUCGAGCAUUGCCAAAACAAAUGCACUGCCGAUUCCAGGUUCCGGAGACAUAGUUGGCAAAAGUAUCCGUUUGGCCAUUUUCUUCUUUACGGACGAUCAUUGCACCAAAGCCUGUUUCUCAGGAGCGGCCAGGUGAAGAUUUUUAAUCUAGCUGGCGCCCAAGUAGCCCAAAUGAGCUUCCUAAAUGAUGAUUUUGUUAAGCCCUGGAACUGGGCCUUAUAUGCUGAA